GGCGCCGGCCUUUCGGCGGCAGGCCCUGGCGGCGGAGUCAUGGGGGCGCAAAAAGACAGGAAGGCGAAGAAGUCGACGUGGAAAUUCUGCCUCGACUUGACCCAUCCUGUCGAAGAUGGGAUCUUCGAUUCCGGGAACUUUGAACAGUUCCUAAAGGAGAAGGUUAAGGUCAAUGGAAAAACGGGAAACCUGGGGAACACCGUUCACAUUGAGCGAUUAAAGAACAAGAUCACGGUGACAUCUGAGAAGCAGUUUUCUAAAAGGUACCUGAAAUACCUCACAAAGAAGUACCUCAAGAAGAACAAUCUUCGUGACUGGCUUCGUGUGGUUGCAUCUGACAAGGAGACGUAUGAGCUCCGCUACUUCCAAAUUAGUCAAGAUGAAGAAGGAUCAGAAUCUGAGGAAUAAUUGAAGUUUAGCUUUAUACUUACUACAGUGUACAAAAAAAAUAGAACACCUAUUUAUGAGAACACUUAACUUAUUGGUGAAUAAAGAUUUUGUACUCUGUUGGACAGAGCGUGGUUAGUUUUCAAGCCUUUUUCUUACAUUAUAAUUAUGGGACAGCAGGGGGAAUCAUUUGAUGUGCAGUUUUAUUUCCAUUGCUAGAAAUGAGGGCUAUUCAGAAUGGCAUCAGUGAAAGUCCAGGUGGAAAAGCAGAACUGAGCCCUUCCCCCACUAAAAAUGUGGGACAUCAUUGUUUAAUCAUAUUUGUACAAAACAUGCUAGAGCUUUUUGUGAGUAAAAGUACCAGCUGUUUGUUUAAUUUAUGUGGAGUUGAUGCAAUGUUUAAUAAAAGUAUAUUUUUAAUUAUUAAAAAAAGUACAUGUUUUAACA